AUGCCCACAGCAAACCUGAUUGCGACAUUCCCUCAACCAUACAAUGGUCAAGUGUCCUUCAAGAUCAGUCGAGGUAUAAUCAAAGUGACCGGCUCCAUCACCGGUUUGCCACCCAAUUCUUUCUUGGGUGCACAUAUUCAUGAAAACGGGGAUCUUGGAAACCGCUGUUUGAAUGCCGGAGGCCACUACAAUCCAUUUGGAAUGUCACAUGGUGGACCAAAGGGAACUCCUCGGCAUCCUGGCGAUUUCGGUAACCUACAAACCGAUGAAAAUGGUGUGGCAAAGGUGGAUCUGACGAUUUGCUGUUCGCGACUGACGAACAAUUUUAUGUUUCUCGGGUUAGCCAUGGUUAUUCACGAGGGAACGGAUGAUCUUGGUCGGGGUGGUGAUGCGGGGAGUCUUGCUACUGGGAACUCUGGCGGCCGAAUUACUUGUGCUGUUGUCGGAUUAGCCCGUUCCAGUCGAUGA